AUGUCCAGCUUGCAGUUCGACAACUGGUGGGUGAUCACCCUCUCCCAGACGUUCACCUUCUCGUUUGAUGCGCGCGCGCGGCCUGGCGCGGGGGCCUACCCCCGAAGCAGGCUCCUCGCCGCCGCGGGCGCGGGCGCGGCGGCGGCGCUGCUGGUCCUCGGCGCGUCGGCUGCGCCGCUCGGCGACGUGGGCUCGCGCGAUCCCCGGUGCGCCAGCGGACAGUGCAGGAGCUCCUCUUCGCGCAGCCUCGACGCCACCCUGCGGCUGAAGGCGGCGAGGCCAGCGGCCACCCGGCCAGCGGCCCGCGUGCCGGCGUCCGGGGGGGCGGCGCCGCCCGCGCGGGCGUCGGGCCUCGACACCAGGGUGACCACCGACGGCGAGGAGUCGACCACCGACGGCGAGGAGUCGACGACGGCGGCCGUCGACGAGGAGGCGAUGACGACGGUCGUCGACGAGGAGGCGGCGACCACGGAAAUGUGGUUCAUGAACAGGCUCGAGGGCGAGUCGUGCGGCUGGUGGGGCAGCAAGGAGACGUACAAGGGCGAGUGCGCGCCUGGGCUGCGAUGUGCGCCCCAGCAGGAAGCGGCGGAGGGAGCGCCCAACGUGUGCGUGUCGGACCAAGGCGCGUCUGGCGCGGCGCCCCCCGCGGAAGACGCUGUGGUGUAG